ACGCCCAGAGCAUGUCACGUGAUUAACAAGAGCUGGAAAUGGCUGCCUCCAUAUGGAAAUCACAGUUCUGUGACAUGUAUAGAGUUUUGUGCAUCCACUGAUGCCAUUGGAGAACUCGUACAAUAGCAACAUGACAGACUAUGUAGAAGUCAGAGAAGGAUUCCUUUGUCCUGUCUGCAUGAAAGAUCUUGUGACAUUUGAGCAGCUUCAGACACAUUUUGAGGUUGCCCACAACACAGAGGAAGACGGCGCAGCAUUUCGCCAUCUCAAAGAACUGCUUGGCAAAGCAAAGAAGAAAAUCUUGAAAGAUCCGAGCAUUGAUAGCGCCUCAUCCGACGAGGGCACGAACGACAGAAGUAGAGGUGGAGCCACCUCCGCUUUUGACCCAAGCGCCUGGGAAGUGCAAGAAUUUGGCGCGUCCUCUAGUCACACGGAAUACUUCAAGCAGGUGAGAGACUCGCGCGUCGACCGCUUCGUCGUCGAGACGAACAAGCUGCUGCUGCGACUGGACAAGCUCAUCGUCGCGGACGUCGCCGGCGACACGGCGAAGCGCAAGGCAUCUGAGAAAGACAUUGUGCCGUGGGUACCCGACCAGGACGUUCACUACUGUCUGAUAUGUGGAAUCCGAUUCAGCUUAGUGAAGCGCAAACACCACUGUCGUCUAUGCGGAGGAAUCAUAUGCAGUAAAUGUUCCGUGUAUCUACCGUUCGCCUAUGCAAGGAAAUUAACGAAUCCAGCAUUUGCUCUGGAGGAGCCCAAACAGCUGGGAGUGUCCAGCCUUCCCCGUACGGGCAGCUCUGGCAGCCUGAAUUCGAUGACGAAUGCAGAGGGAGAGCAGCACAUCCGUAUCUGCACGGAAUGUCGGCGCCUACUCGACCGGAGGGACCAGCUAAUCGAACAACGAACUUCCAAACCGAUCAUCGUGCAGUUCUACGAGAGAAUGAAAGUGGCGGUGGAUGAAGUUGAGAAGGGGGUGGAGGUCUACACAGAGAUGGCCAACUCUCUCAGCCUCGGGGAAACAAGAUUUGAACUGGCCGAAGCACAGAAGCUAAACGUCAGGCUGGCAAAGCUAUACGAAACCAUCGAUGUGAUAAGUAAGAAGAUCGCAGCGUUGAACAUGGGAGACGAGGUGGCUCCGCACGCGCAGCAGGCGCGGCUGCAGCGCUGCGUGCGCCUCUACGCGGCCGCCUUCCUGCAGGAGCGCGGCGCGCAGGGCCUCCGCGGGUGGGCGCCGGCGGCCGCGGCGGUGACGACGUCCGGCGUCGACGUGGAUCCGAUGCUGCAGCAGAUGAGCAUCAUUCGGGAUUACAUACGCAAGGCGAAGCAGGCGCGGAGGUUCGACGAGGUGCAGAUGCUGCAGGCGAACCUCGAGGAGCUGCAGGUGGAGUACAAGCGACAGCAGCGGCGGCUGACGGCGGCCAGCUAGUCGCCCCCGCGGGAAGGGGGGGGGGGCUUCCGGACGAGUUAGGAGAUUCCGGUGAAGAGGGAGUCAUACCCCUGUAGCGUGCGUGAAUGUGUGUGUGUGCAUGCGCGCAUGCGUGCGUGUAAAUGUGCAUCUGUAUACAUGCGCGUGCAUUUUGUGAAUGUGCGUGUGUGCGUUCGUGUGUGAAUGUGCAUUCGUGUGUGAAUGUGCGUGUGCGUGUGUGAUUGUGACAAUGUGAUAUGUGUCAGUCUGAAGCAUACGAUCAGAUUUGCAUACGAUUUUUCGUGCAAGGUAAAUGCUUCUGCGAGCGUGUAAUUGAAGUUGUACAUACAGUCAAUAUAUUUUAUUAUUGAGCUAAUAUCGCAAAGCGUGACAUUUGGUUAGUGUAAUCACAGUCGUCUUAAACAGAGCAGGUGAACAGUGCUUUUAAUGUAUCACUUAUGUAUCACUGAUCUCACAUUGAAGAAUUCGUCCCUAUGCAGUGAAGCUAAUCCAUUGAAAUUUUAAAUACUGGAGUAUUCUACAGAGUUGGAGAAUUACUAACCUCAUAUAAACCAGUUCGCAGUCAUUCACAAACUGGUUGCAGUGUCGAUUGAGAAGUACUAAUAUUAUUCAGUGUGUGUCAUGAAUGCCAUUCAAAAUACUAAACUUUCAAACUAACAUCUAAAUUGUAGUUUAAUUGCAAAUUUCAAUGUAAUUUCACUAUGUAAACUGAAAAUGUUCAGUUAUAUAGAGAUAAUGUUGUACAGUGCAUAAAACGGCGAGUGAUGUAUUUUGUCAUUGCAAAUAUAGGAUUAUUUCGAUUUUAAAAAUGUCACCACCAUACAAUGUAACACUUGGCAUUUUGUGUUUGUGACAAAACAUUCCUCACUUCUAUACAUGUAUAAAAUUAUGUAGUCUCUUUAAUUUUAAUCUGUAGUACUUGCAACUAGUAAAGGAAGAAAUUUUGGCAUGGAGCUAAGAGAAAUAAUAUACAACCACUUGAUUGAGUCAGCCUCUAAGAGAAAAUUUAAUUAACAGAAACUUUAUUCAAUAUUAUAUCUACAUUACUCUGUACAUAGAAGGAUAUGCUUCACAUACCUCCAUAUUGUGGAAUCAUGAUAAGCUCAUUCCACUCGCCUGACUGAACUAUAAACUUGGUUGAUAAAUACAUAUAUGUGUUUAGAAAAU